GCAUUCACUUUUGCAGUCUUUCAACAAAACCAAAGAAGAAGAAGCAGACCUGCCUGUGACAUUCACUGCUCUCAUGUCGGUGUCAUCUGUACAUUCCUAAAUAUCUCAAAAUGAACAUUAUGCUGUCCUCAUUUUCCCGACUGCGUGGUCUAACUCACGUGCGUAGCAUUCCCACAGCAGACCUAACUGGAACCUCUUACCUUAGAUCGUUCAGCAGCUGGAUUGGUCCUGGAGCAGCUGCUAGAACACAGGUUUUCAAAGCUUCAGAUACAAUUUCUUCACAAGCUGAAGGUUCAGGAGUGUUUCAGCAGGUUCCCUGGCAGUACCAGCAGGUACGGACCCGGAAAAGAGGCACCGAGUAUCAGCCCAAAAACAUCAAACGAAAGAGAACCCACGGCUGGAUCAAAAGGAUCAGCUCACAAGGAGGCAUCGAAGUGAUUCUGCGGCGGAUGUUGAAAGGACGGAAAUCGCUCACACACUGAAAGUUCCCAAUGGAAGAUUUGACUUUAAAGAAACAGACCUUGGUUCUUAUAUGCUGAAGGUGCUCAGCAUGCAGCAAAGAACUUGUGUAUUGGGUUAACUGGUGUGAUACUGGGUGUGGUCUGGGUCUGGCAGUUCCACAGUAUUGGUCUUGAGAGUGUAAAUGUGCCCUGUAGUUUUGCCCACCCUCUCUGGUCAGGGCGGUUUUGGUAAAAGUCAUUAGGUGUUAGCACAUUUGUGUGACUUCAUUUCUUUUUCUUUUUGAGUAAACAUUGUUGACUUAAAGAAAAAUGUUCCUAUAAUAAAAUUAUUUUCCAGAA